AUGCAGGCAAGCUUCAGUGCACGAGAAAUUUUGGACGCGCGAGGGCGUGUAGAGGCGUAAGCGAGCAUGCAAGGCUGGGGCUCACUGCGGACGGCUGAGGGCGACGGCGCACCGCGCGGACCACCCAGAAAGCCGCACUAGCACCCUUACGGGUCACGGCGCAGCGGUGGUGCUGCGCGAUGGCCCGUCACCCCGCCGGCCGCCGAGACGCCGUGACGCGGCCUUCGCCGCCAGCCCAAGCGAGGCGAGCAGCGCCGCGCCGCGGGCCUUGGCUCAAGCGAGGCGUGGAGCGCUACGCCGCGGGGCCCGUCGCACGCCACCGCCGCACGCCUCCGAGAGAAAGAGAGCGCGCCACCCCAACAACGCGACACUCACCCUCAACACAACACAGAUCUUCGUCAAGACCCUGACGGGUAAGACGAUCACGCUCGACGUCGAGCCGUCGGACACGAUCGACAACGUGAAGCAAAAGAUCCAGGACAAGGAGGGCAUCCCGCCCGACCAGCAGCGCCUCAUCUUCGCGGGCAAGCAGCUCGAGGACGGCCGCACGCUCUCGGACUACAACAUCCAGAAGGAGUCGACGCUCCACCUCGUUUUACGGUUACGCGGCGGCGGCAAGGUGCACGGCUCGCUCGCGCGCGCCGGCAAGGUCAAGGGCCAGACGCCCAAGGUCGAGAAGCAGGAGAAGAAGAAGCUCCCGACGGGCCGCGCGAAGAAGCGCAUGCUCUACAACCGCCGAUUCGUCAACGUCGUCGCCGGCGUCGGCGGCAAGCGCUUCGGCCCGAACUCGAACGCGCGCGCGCGAAGAUGGGGCGUUUUCGAUGGCGUGUCGUUGCCAUCACGCCCCCGUCGCGACGAAUGCCAACAACUCCCACGCGAAGUCCACGUGGAGAGAAGGAGAACUUGA